AUGGGUCUAGUUGACAUGGAUAGCUACUUGCACCCCAAAUUAGCUGAGCUCGCAACUGACCCACAAGCAAUGAAGUGUAUGACAAGCCGGCGAGUCUCAUGGAAUGAACCCAUGGUUGGUUGUCAGGAGGAUCAUAUUUUUCUAGGAAUUAUCGGUAAUAUGAUGUCAAUGCUAGGCGCAUACUUUACAAGUGACAUUAUAUUGAAAAUCAUCAUGGAGAAAAAUCAGAUGUACUGUAUAUGUCAGCUGUGGAAUAGUCAGCCAGUCAAUCGAAAGUUCCACUAUUUGUGUUUGCUGAAGGCAUGGGAUUAUGGUGAUCGGCAGUGA